AUGGCUGAAGACAAGAAAGAUAUUCCUGUUACGAAUGAGGGCAUGGGGCAGCCUCUUUCGGCGAAGAAUCAGGUCCUUACUGCUGGUGCUGCUGUGACGCAGGAGUUUCGACCUGUAAAGCAUAUUUGCGCUCAUCUCAAUGCAUUUCAUGCAUAUGCCGAUGAUCCCUCUCGCUUCGUCGAAGCAAACCACUACUGCGCUCAUCUAAACGAGGACGUCCGCCAAUGUCUCCUCUACGACUCCGACGAGCCCAACGCGCGCCUCAUCGGAAUCGAGUACAUGAUAACACCCAAACUCUACGAAACCCUCGACAAAGAAGAGCGCAAACUCUGGCACUCACACGUCUACGAAGUGAAAUCUGGAAUGCUCAUAAUGCCGAACCGCGCGGUCCCCGAAAGCGCAUGGCAAGUAGCUGAAAACUACGAAAUGGAUCAAGUUGUGCAACUUUAUGGCAAGGUGUAUCAUUUGUGGCAGACGGAUCGCGGUGAUACGUUGCCGUUGGGGGAGCCGAAGCUUAUGACGAGUUUUACGGCGGAUGGACAGUUUGACUUUGAGAAGAAUGUGGGGGAGAGGGAUAGGAGGUUUGGGACGGAUUGGAGGGUUAAGAAGGAGGCGAGGAAGAAUAUCCCAAGUCCGGCUGUUCAUGAGGGUGAGUAUGAAUGGAGUCAUUGA